CGAUCGCAUAGUUUGACAAUGAGUCAUCAUUUUGAGAUUGUCUUUGAAUAUUAUUGUCAGAAACACAUUGCAUAUACAAGCACAUCAUCAUGACGAUCUGUAAAUUAUUUCGUCAUCAUGUCUCCCACAUAAAUAUCUCAAUUAUUCAUGGCAGAUUCAGUCUACGUCGACUUGCACAAGCAACUUAAAACCGCUAUUCCCAAAGCUAGAAAUAUAGCCUUUCGUGAAAGUCAACUCCAGCAAUUGGCUUUAUUGUUGAAAGAACAAGAAGAAGCUCUUUGUUCAGCAGUUUACAAGGAUUUGAAGAGACCUCCCAGUCAGACAGCCUUGGAAAUCACCACAGCCAUUAACGAUUUAAAAGAUAUCAAGAAAAACUUGAGAAAAUAUCUAAAAACAGAAAGAAAAGGAACUGGAUGGCUGCUAGACUAUGUGAGAGACCCUGCUUUUGCUUUUGACUCGCAGGAAGUGCGACUGGAGCCAUUAGGUACUGUAUUGAUAUUUGGAGCGUGGAAUGUUCCCAUAGUUCUUACUUUACAGCCUCUUUUUGGUGCCAUUGCUGCAGGAAACACUGUGCUGUUGAAACCCUCUGAACAAGCUCCCAACACUGCACACUUAUUGGAAGCCCUUAUUUCACAAUAUUUGGAUGUCGACUGUUACAAAGCUAUUGUUGGUGGUCCUGAAGUGGGUGCCGCUUUGUUAGAGUUGGAGUGGAAUCACAUUUUUUAUACAGGAGGAGCUUCUAUAGCACGUAAAGUAAUGGAAGCAGCUGCCAGGCAUCUCACUCCUGUUACCUUGGAAUUGGGAGGAAAGUCACCUGCAGUUAUUGAUAAGAGUUGUGAUUUGCAAAAGACUGCCAGAAUGAUUGCCUGGGCAAAGACUUUGAACUGUGGUCAGUUAUGUGUUUCUGUAGACUAUGCCCUAUGCCCUCUGUCGAUGUUGAUGGAGCUCAUUGAAUAUAUAAAAUCUGCUUGGAACGAAUUUUAUGGAGAAGAUAUUCAAUAUUCCAGCGAUUAUUCUCGUAUAGUGAAUACAACUCAUUUUGAUCGUCUAGUUGAUUUGUUGAACAAUACUCGGGGUCAAAUUGUGUAUGGUGGGAAACAACAAAAUAGAGAUGAACUUUUUAUAGAGCCUAGUAUUGUAGUUGUAUCUUCUUUAGAUGAUUGUCUAAUGAAGGAAGAAAUAUUCGGUCCUAUAUUACCUAUUAUGCCUUACGAAUCAUUGGAACAGGCGUGUCAUUGGAUAGUGAACACUCCUGUGCUAGAGCAACCUUUGGUAUUGUAUAUCUUUUCCAAUGACUCACUAGUGGAUGAGCAAGUGAUGGAGAGAGUCGCUUCUGGAGGAGUUUCUAUCAACGAAGUCAUCUCUCAUGUAAUGUCUUCCUGGCUUCCUUUUGGUGGAAUUGGAAAGAGUGGAAUAGGAGUUUACCACGGAAAAUAUUCUGUUCAAGUAUUUUCUCAUGCCAGAGCCAUUUUGAAAAGAAACUUUCGAAUGGAACCACUUGUUGGUAUACGUUAUCCACCUACUACUAGUAGAAAGAAUUGGUUACUUGGUAUGCUGACACGUCAAAAGAUAUGACAUUUAAACAUUAUCUCGACUUGCCUCCUUUGAUGAGUGCCUAGAGUUGCUACUCACUCUAUCAGCUUCGUCAUUGCCUUUCAAUCCAUCAUGUCGUUGUUUUACCAAAUUUGUGCUUUGGCUUCAUUUUGUUGUUGUUGUUGUUCGUUCCAUAAAUAGUCCAGAUGUUGAACAAGAUACAAAUUCUUCAACUUGCUACUUUUCCGAUGGUUAAAGGUUCCAUUGUUCCUAUCAACCUGCAGUUCAAGUCACCUCGGUCCAAGCCCUAAAGGUUAUGGCAUAGUCAUCAGUUGGCAGUGAGAAGUUGCAUUUGUACCUUUACUGUUUUCCUUGUUGUUAUUGUUAACGGAGAACAGUCAAUCUUUUAUUUACUUUUACUUUUCUGAAAACGAGAAAGAGUCGGAGUGAAAAGUGGGAUUUUCUUGACAAGUUUGAGUCUGUUGUAGUAGACAGCGGAAGUGAUGUUUUUCAAGUGACAAAAAUACUCUAUGAUCUACAUAAAAGUCAAAAAUAACUC